CGCGGGCCGCUCCUGCCCGCCGGCGCAGCCUGUGCGCCCCGUCGCCGUUCCCCCCGCCGCUCGGCGGGGCGGGAAGAUGCGGAGCAAGGGCAGGAAGGAGAGCCUGUCCGACUCCCGCGACCUGGACGGCUCCUAUGACCAGCUGACGGACAGUGUUGAGGAUGAGUUUGAGCUCUCCACCGUCUGCCACCGCCCCGAGGGGCUGGAUCAGCUCCAGGAGCAGACCAAGUUCACCCGCAAAGAGCUGCAGGUCCUGUACCGAGGCUUCAAGAAUGAGUGCCCGAGCGGCAUUGUCAACGAAGAAAAYUUCAAGCAGAUCUAUUCACAGUUCUUCCCUCAAGGCGACUCCAGCACCUACGCCACCUUCCUCUUCAAUGCCUUCGACACUGACCACGAUGGCUCUGUCAGCUUUGAGGACUUUGUGUCUGGGCUGUCCACCAUCCUGCGGGGCACCAUUGAUGAUCGCCUGAACUGGGCCUUCAACCUCUAUGACCUGAACAAAGAYGGCUGCAUCACCAAAGAGGAAAUGCUGGACAUCAUGAARUCCAUCUACGACAUGAUGGGCAAAUACACCUACCCGGCCAUGCGGGAGGAAGCGCCCCGGGAGCACGUGGAGAACUUCUUCCAGAAAAUGGACCGGAACAAGGAUGGUGUGGUGACAAUCGAGGAGUUCCUGGAGUCCUGCCAGAAGGAUGAAAACAUCAUGCGAUCCAUGCAGCUCUUUGACAGCGUGAUUUAGCUCCUGGACCUGCCUCCAGACGAGCUCUCCUGACACUGGGCCCAGAACCUGCUUCUCUCUCUUGACUUUUCCUUUGAGACUCCCCUCCUCUGGCUGCACAGACACCCCCAUGGAAAGGGGCCUUCCUUCCCUGAGAUGCAGUCGACUCUGAGAUCUUCCCUUGCCCCUGGGCCAGCUCUCCUUUCUUCGGGGAAUCCCAAGCAGGUGCUCCCAGACAUCGGAGUGUGGGAAUGGCUGGCACAAGACGAGCAUUUCACCUGGAUGGACCUCCCUGCAUCCAAUCCUGGUGGAAAAAAUGCACCCUUGGGCUGCCAUAGAGGUUUUCCCCGUGCACACCAMCUUGUGCAGCCACAGCUCCCAUACCCCUGAUCCUCCCCAGCCCCAGGAGCCCCCAGUCCCGGCUCCAGCCCAAAUCCUCCAGCGACAUUAUCUAGAAACCAAUAAAGUCUUGCAAUGGGCACCAGUGCCUCAGCUUCCUCCCCUGCCCUGGCUGUGCCCUGCCAUGGGGAGUGUGUCUGGCAAUGUCRGCUGUGAGCUGCUGGCCACCCUCCCUGUCCUGACACUGGGCCAAGAGAUGGGCAG